GUUCUAAAUGGCGUAUGAUUAUGUAAAUAGUCUUUCCAGUGAGGCUAGGUUAAGAUACGAGUUAAAAUGUUCUGCAGUUGGAUUAAACGACUGCCCUUACCGCCUUCCAGCAGAUGCGUGGACUGAUAAUCCUACACAAUGGCCGGACAUGGAAUUUGGAAAUCUUUAUGUCUACCUCACAAGCGCACCAGACGUCCAGCAGCUGAUUGGUCAUUCAGAAAAACGUCCCUCUCAAUCAGUGGGUAGCUUAAUUUUGAAGCAAGAGGCUUCACAGCCUCCCCACAUUAAAGAGGAAGAGGAAGAACUCUGGAUCACUCAGGAGGGAGAGUGUCUUCUAGGACCACAGGAAAUUGAUCUCACCAAGUUGCCACUGACUGUUGUCGCUGUGAAGACUGAAGAUGAUGAAGAGAAACCACAAGUAGACAACCUCUUAGCUCCACUAUCAGAUAGUGAGACUGAAGACGAGGUUGAAGAAACUUUGAGCAGCGAUACAGACUGUGAAGAUGAUAUGAGGACUGACACAGACAACAAAAACUCUGAAUGCUCUAAAAAUAAGACAGGCAAAAAACGUUUGAGCUGCUCAGUUUGUGCUAAAAGUUUUAAUCGAAAGAGCAAUUUGUCUCAACACAUGAGAAAGCACACAGGAGAAAAACCCUUUAGUUGUUCGGUAUGUGCCAAAAGCUUUUCAUUGAAGGGCAAUUUGACUAAACAUUUGAGAACACACACGGGAGAAAAACCAUUUAAUUGUUCAGUUUGUGGUAAAAGCUUUACUCAAAAAGGCAAAUUGACACAACACAUGAGAACACACACUGGAGAAAAACCAUUUAUCUGUUCAGUUUGUGGCACAAGAUGUACUAUAAAGAGCCAUUUGACUGAACACAUGAGAAUUCACACAGGAGAAAAACCGUUUGUCUGUUCAGUUUGUGGCACGAGAUGCGGUAGGAAAAGCCAUUUGACUGAACACAUGAGAACACACACGGGGGAAAAAACAUUUAGUUGUUCAGUGUGCGGUAAAAGCUUUACUCUCAAGGCCAGUUUGACUCAACACAUUAGAAUACACUCAGGAGAAAAAACAUACAAUUGUUCAGUUUGCGGUAAAUACUUUACCCUAAAGCCCCAUUUGACUCAACACAUGAGAACUCACACGGGAGAAAAGCCCUUCAGCUGUUUAGUUUGUCAUAAAAGCUUUACUCAAAAAGGCAGUUUGACUCAACACAUUCGAACACACACAGGAGAAAAACCAUUCAUUUGUUCAGUUUGUGGCGCGAGCUUUUCUUUCAAGGCUCAUUUGACUCAACACGUGACCACACACACAGGAGAAAAAAUAUUAUGUUGUACAGUGUGUGACAAAAGAUGCACUAAAAAGAGCCAUUUAAUUGAACACAUGAGAACACACACAGGAGAAAAACCAUUCCAUUGUUCAGCGUGUGGUAAAAGCUUUACACAAAAAAGUAAUUUGACUCAACACAUGAGAGCGCACACAGAAGAAAAAGCAUUGAAAAGUUAACAGUUUUACUCAAAGGAGCCAUUUUCUUAUCCUAUGAGAACACACGGGUCAAAAAACUUUUGUUGUUCAGAUUGUUUAGAACAUUUCCUCAUAAUGCAGACAGGGUAAGACACAAAUGAAAACUAAUCAGCUAUUAAGUUUAUGGUGAAUAAAUAAUUGCCUGUUCAAAUAAGAACAAAUACAGGAGAAAAAACAUUUAGUUUGCGGUGAAAAAAAUAUUCUCUGAAUUUUGUAGGUUGCAACUUCGUGACCUGGAGUCUGUCCCCCUCCCAGGUAACAAACAUUCAAUAUGGCUAUUGUUUAUUUAUUUAUUACCAGUGCAGAUGUGAGCAUAUUUUAAAGGUUUAGCGGUGUAAAUACAAGCCAGAUAGCACCAAAAAAGCUAAAUAUGAUGGAGUGGAUGCAUACACCCUCAAGAAAAAAUACUUUUCAAUUCGCCACCCCAUUUUUUUCUACUCUUGCAAGGAGUAAAAGUACAAAAGUAUGGAGACACAUAAUUUAUUUAUAUUUGGAUGUUACAUGACCUAAACAAUAAUCUUUGAAAGUCAAAGUUAGAUUUAUCUGUGCAUCCGUAAGUAAAAUGUUUGAUGGACGUUAAUGAGAGCUGUGGCAUGCCGUGUCAGGUUCAAACACUGAUGACAUCUAUUAAACAAGACAAGAAGCAAGGAAUUAAACAGAGACAGAAUUCAAUUCAGCUCAAUUGAGGAGAAAUGCGUAUAGACUGUACAGUGUCGUCCCACGCUCUGACGAAAAAUUGUAUGCCUCCUCUUUUAUUUGGAAUUUCCCUGAUUACAUGGCAACAGCUGUUUCUAAGGGAGGGCGGUCGUAAACAGCCAUCGCCAUUGGUUACAAAACAGUUCAAAGAAAAGGUCGUAAAACAGUUCAAAGAAAAGGUGCCUGUAGGGGGUUCAGGUCCUGCUUCCUUUGGAUUACAAUACAUUAAAAAAACGACGCCUUCAUGUCGCUUCCCAUCCUACACAGUAGAGUUUUACAAGGCUUUUGCUUGGUAGGAUCAAAUACAGCUUUUGUCCUCUCGCAGGGAACUCAUGGCCACACAAAGUUUUGGGAUAACUUAGAUACAAUUAUUCUGACAUACCAUGCUGGUCAUUUGCUUUUAAUAUAUACUGUAAAUAAAAUACAAGGUUAGUAUUUGCAGGUGACUUCCAGUUGCAAGUCAAAUAUUUUCUCCAGUUGCUGACGUUAAUGGUAAUGUUUUGUUUUUUAACAACUGUUUUCCCUUUGUGAACUAACAUUUACCGGUAUUUCUAUUGGAACCAUUUCCACAGGCGAGAACUGUUUGUUGUGAAAGAUUCUCGAGCUCACACAUGAAGGGGGAAUCAUCUUUUAGAUGCUCAAAUGGUGGCAAUCAUUACUUGUGUAAGAAGUGACUGCUCGCACACAACAGAGUAUACAAGUUUUCCUGUCCAAAAAAGAUUGUCAAACCAAUUGUGUUCAUGUUGUGUAAUAUGCACAGUGUAAAUUACAAGGUUUACGACUUGUGAUGUUUCAACACCUCAUUGUGUAUUCAUGCCACAUUUUGAACUAAACUCCCGUACUUUAUAAUAAAAGUAUUGAAUGCAUUCUGAAAUAACGAAUGUUGCAAAAAAGUGGAUGCUGCCCUUUAAAAAGAUAUAUAUAUUACCGGUGUACUGGAAUGUUGGAAGACAUACACUUAUGCAAUAUGGAUUAUGUCAUGCAAAUAUUAUACUUGAUAAAAAGUCAUUCAUUCCAUCAAUGACCAAUGGCUUGUUUGUUGGUGAAAAUCUAAACAUUUGAUGCAUUACGUGUUUAAGAAUGGUGUUCAAUAAUUAGGAAAGGUAAUUGGACUGGCAUUAAA